UGACGUCCUUAACUCCUUAUAUGAUUGACAAAGACAAAAGGAGACUAAUUAAAGAAUUAGGGUUUCAUCCGAUCCCAAUCUCAAUCCCACUCGCUCUCCACUCUUCAUCUAUCUUCAUCUCUGCUUUCUCGCCGGCAAAGUAAAUUUAGUCGCCGGCGAUUGUGCAGUUGAUUCCCUCCAUUGAUUUUUCUUCAUCCUCCUUUCUUUGCUUGAUUGUUAGUUUUUCUAUUUCAUAGAGAUCCAUCUUUUAACUAUCGGUCAUUACUUCUUUAGAAGAAGAUCUGAAAUUCUACCUCAUUCUAGGUUAUCGUAACUACUCGAGGAAAGGAUUGAUUAUUCAUAUUAGUUUGGGGGAGCAAAGUACCUAUUUUUGCACAUUUUCAGGGACCAUCUAAUUAUUGAAUUAUGGACGAUGGAAUUUCAAGCUUCUGGGGUCCUGUGACAUCUACCACUGAAUGCUGUGAGGAGAAUUAUGUUUAUUCAUCUUUUAUUGCUGAGUUCUUUAACACAAUCUCAAAUUUUCCUGGCAUCCUUUUGGCACUUUUUGGUCUUAUAAAUGCCCUGAGACAACGUUUUGAGAAGAGGUUCAGUUUCCUUCACAUGUCCAACAUGGCAUUGGCAAUUGGUAACAUGCUUUAUCAUGCUACUCUGCAACGUGUGCAUCAACAUAGUGAUGAAACACCAAUGUUUUGGGAAAUGCUACUUUAUCUUUACAUACUCUACUCACCGGAUUGGCACUAUAAGAGCACAAUGCCAACUUUCAUAUUUUUCUAUGGUGCUGCAUUUGGUCUUCUGCAUCAUCUAGUUGGGUUUGAUAUUGUCUUUAAGUUGCACUAUAUGUUACUAUGUCUUCUUUGCAUCCCUCGAAUGUACAAGUAUUAUAUCCACACUGGUGAUUUCUAUGCUAAACGGCUGGCAAAGUGGUACUUGGCCACAUUACUGUUGGGUAGCCUGUGUUGGUUUGUGGAUCACGAGUUCUGCAAGAAAUUUUCUAGCUGGGGUUUUAACCCGCAGGGUCAUGCUUUCUGGCACGUCUUCAUGGGUUUUAAUUCAUAUUUUGCAAAUACAUUUUUAAUGUUCUGUCGGUCGCAUCAAUUAGGAUGGGAUCCUAAAGUGGCCUAUUUCAUGGGGGUUCUGCCUUGUGUGAAGAUUCACAAACCGAAGACCCAAUGAAAACAAGCUGUGGAGAUAAUAGAUUUAGCAUAGUUGUGUGGUAUUGCAUCUUUGAGGCUAAGACAGUGACUAAUUUUUUGUUUCUUUGUAGGCAUUUUCCGUUGGAUGUAAAUGAUAUUUUUUUUGUUUUGGAUACAUGUGAGAAUCGUAAAUGUAUACCCCUAGUUCAUGGUCUUGUACCAUAUCCAGUUGUUCCUCAGUUACAUGCAGUUUUGGAAUUACUAA